AUGACUACCUCGACUAAAGGAAUAUUUCUAAAGACAACUACUAUCAAUUGUUGUAAGUUUUUCAUUAUGAAUUGGAAAUGCUGGAAGUGGCUGGGUAUAAUUGUACCCGAUAAAAGUGAACCAACUCGUUUUAAACAGCUCACUUGGAAUUAUUUUAUUAAUAUAACAGUCAGCUGCAUGUUUCCAAUACAUUUAAUGUUGGGAAUAUUCUUAACAGAUGCCACCAAGUCAGAGCUUUUUGAAAAUAUUGCCAUUUUUAUAACCAGUGUGGGUUGCAUUCUUAAGUUGAUAAUGUUUGCUGUUAAUAUAAAACGUAUCAGAAGAAUGGAAAAUAUUCUACUAACACUUGAUGAACGCAUCCAACAUGUAGAGGAUCGGAAGUACUGGUCGCAUUUUAUAAAACCUCAUUUGAUUUACUUGCAGCGUAUGUAUUUAGUGGUUUACACUGGAAUAGGUUUCUUUGCCAGUUUGGCGUUUAUUGUGAGGAGAGAGCAAAAGCUUUUCUAUAAUGGUUGGUUGCCCUUUAAUUGGCAUCAAACUUGGUGGCAUUAUUCCGUUGCUUUGGGUUAUCAAUUUUAUGGAAUAUUUUUUCAGUUUUUACAAAAUUUUGCAAACGAUAGUUUCUCACCGAAAGCAUUAUGUGCUCUAUCGGGUCAUAUAAAGUUGUUGUAUAAAAGAGUGGCUCGCAUUGGAUAUGAUUUAUCAGUAGUAUCUGACGAACAUGAAAUGGAGUUGAAUAGAUGUGUAAGACAUCAAAAGGAUUUGUAUGAACUCUUCGAUACCAUUCAGGAGAUCAUUUCGUGGCCCAUAUUCUUUCAACUCUUUGUCUCUUUGGCGAAUAUGUGUGUUGCCAUGGUUGCAUUACUCUUCUUUGUCACUGAUAUUUUCUAUCGGAUCUAUUAUGUCAUGUACUUUUUGGGCAUGAUAAUGCAACUAUUUCCGGUCUGCUAUUAUGGCAGUGAUUUUGUAAUGCUUUUCGAAAAACUCCAUUAUGCAGUAUUCUCAUGCAAUUGGACGGGACAAUCGAAACGCUUUAAGCGUCACAUGAUGUUGUUUACGGAACGUUCACUAAAAAACACCAUGGCUUUGGCUGGUGGUAUAUUUCCCAUACAUUUGACAACAUUUUUUGCCACCUGCAAGGGAGCGUAUUCUAUGUUUGCCGUUGUUAUAACCAUGAAGUGA